AAAAAACAAAAUGUCCGCCAAAUUGGUGUUUACUGUUAUUCUUCUAACCGUCGAUUAGUUGAAACUCAAACUUCUGACCACUUAUUCCUCGAAAUGUUUACAUUUUUCGUCUCAGACUCCGCCACUUUUGAACCAAUGAAAAGACUGAAAACACUUUUGUUUGUGAUUUUAGUGAUCUCCGCUUUGAAGACAAUUAAUGCUAUAAAUCCUUCCAUAGAAGAAGAGAUCAACAAUGAAAACAAUUGGGAAGAAGAUACAACUACUACUACUGAGCCGCUUUCUACUGAAGAGGAAGCGGCGGCAAUGGAUAGAGAAAAAGAGAAAACGGCAUCAACUGAAAUGACAACAGCAACGGAAGCUCCGAUUGAUAGGGAAUCGACAACAACACCGACGACAACAACGACGACAACAACAACGACAACAACAACGACAACGACAACGACAACGACAACAACAACGACAACAACAACGACAACAACAACAGUAAAGACAACGACAACUGAAGAGAUUGAAUGCAAAGAAGUGGAAACGACAACAGAAAUGAUUGAAUGCAAGGAAACGACAACAGAAAUCGAGUGUUUGGUUACGACUCAAGAAGUAAAGAUGUUUGCAAUUACUGAAUGUUUGAAUGACGAGGGGAUGGGCGACAGCAAAGGUAGUAGUAGUAGUAGUACAACGACUGAGAGUACAAAGUGUAAGGAAUGGGAGCCGUGUUCUGGAUAUUUGGACGAAUUUCCGGACGACAUAAACAAUUAUGUAGUAAUGAUUGACAAUCCGUUGGUUGUGAUUAACCCGGUUUGUGGUGACAACCCGUGUCUUCAAAACGGGGAUUAGAUUUGAGUUAUUUUUAGAGUUUUUUUUACUAAUAAACAAAAUGGCGAAAAAACUUACAAUCUUAGUCUUCUCACUGAUAGCUUUGUGCGUAUCAGAUAUUACGUGUCCUUCGGUUCAGAAGCCAAUUGAAUCGUACGAAUUAUCGAUCGACACUUUCGCUCCGAAAAGUUAUGAUUCAAAUGUCGACAAAGAAGAACAACCUAUGAUAGAGAGCGGACUCGACGGCGAUCCCUCUGACGAGUUCGUCCCGUCGGCCGAAGAGAUCUUCUCUCGUCACCGAAAAGACGAUAUCGUCUUCUUAAUGGAUGACGGAUUAAUUCUCGCGAUUCCUGACUGCGAUUCGAGCAAAGGCAAGAAAUGUCCGCCAAAAUGAUCAGAAAUUGCAAAUGGGAUCUCAAGUCUUUGACGUCACUUCUUAUAAAUCACUUUUUAAAAAUUCCCUCAAAUAAAACCCUAAAUCAGAA